CGCAACCUUUUGUUUUGAGUUACGUCCCUUCCCUUUACCUACGCCAUUUACACUAAUACAGUGAACCAGGAAAUCACUGGACGUUAAACAACUUAUUUAUCGUUCUGAUAGUCACAAUAUCAGUUCAUUAGAGAAGGUUAACACUCUCCUGUAUACUUGUAAUAUCUGUAUAUUAAAGAAAUUUUAACAUGGCUGAAGGAGAAACAAGAAUCUUGUUGUGCAUGGAUGGGAGUAAAUUCUGCGACUACGCGUUUGAUUGGUAUUUACAGAACAUAAAGAAACCCAAAGAUUAUGUCAUUCUCUUCCAUAGUGUGGAGUUUCAUACACUUACAACAAUGCAUAUGGAAGUUGGCAGUGUUGAGGCGUACGCCAGAAGUCUCGAGGAAGAAAAGGCUGAGGCUACACGUUAUCUGCAACAGCUGAAAGAAAAGAUGGUUGCUGCAAAUCUACAUGGAAAGGUGAAGCAGACGACAGGUGCACCACGAGCAGAAAUUGUACGUGUAGCAGAGGAGGAAAAUGCCAAUAUGAUCAUAAUGGGUACACGUGGUAUGGGUAAAGUGAAGCGUACCCUUCUUGGUAGCGUUAGUGAUCACGUGCUUCACCAUUCUCACGUGCCAGUGAUCAUCUGCAGGCACAAGGACGAUCAUCAUCAUCACCAGCAUGAAACACAUGCGCAAACGGAAGUUAAAAUGUAGAACACACUAUGAAAUACACAGUUGCAAAUAUAGGCUGUUGACGAUAACAAAACGAUAAACAUUUGCUAAGACCUUAUUUUCCUAUUUCAAGCUUUAGUAGUGGUCUUAGGUCCGUUUCAUAAGAGUGGUUCUGUAUAAUGACAAUAUCAAAUUUAGAUAACUGUUGUCUUACACAAAACUAAACACAUUUUAACUAUAGAACACAUGACGUUUUCAAAAUCACGAGAACCUUUGAAGAUCAUCAGUGAGAAUGGAACUUAGUAUUUUUAACACACUUUACCUGUUGUGAGCAGUAUGUUGAAUGAAUGAUGUAGAGUUUAGAAUCUUUGUACCAAUUACGCAUUUAUUUAGAAUAUAACAUACAAACAACA